AUGCAGGAAGAGUACCUCUGUGAUUGUCUCAUGAAAUGUGCAGGUGUUCACCAGCAUGUAUCUCGAGCAACCUACUAUUGUCACACCAAAUAUCGCACUCCCAAGGCCACCAUCUUCAAUAAAACUCUCACCACAUUGAUCCAGGCCAAUUCUGCCAAUUCUAGCAGUGUCCAGCUCAAUGACUCGGAUGUGGAUAUCCAGCCUGCACACCACCAUACUCUCAAGUGUAAAUGCAUUGACAGUGGCACCCAUGCACUGUCCAAUGAUAAACAGAUCAUUCCAGCAGGUGAUGCACUCGAGGAACACAAUGAUGUGCCUCAGGUCUGUCCAGAUGUGUUUGAACAGAUCAUUCCAGCAGGUGAUGCACUCGAGGAACACAAUGAUGUGCCUCAGGUCCAUCUGGAUGCAUUCAAACAUUAUGAUAAUGCCUUUCCUGGCCCAGAUGACUUGGAUGUGCAUGCAGGGCAAGAUGACUCAGAUGGGUAUGCAGGACAGGAUGACAGAGAUGAGAAUGUGCCACCCCAUGAGCCUGAGGAGGAAGAAAUUCAAGGAGGCACUAAUGAUGCAGACCCUUGA